AUGCCUCUUUUAACGUCGGCAGAUUACGAUGUAAUAGGAACUAUCGGUACGCCCAAGGGCUCCUCGAUUGGGUGUCUGGGAUGACGUAUAGCUAAUUGUGGAUAGGCCAUGGGUGUUUUGGCACCAUUCGCAGGGUCAAGCGAAAACAGGACGGAAUGGUCAGACCCCAUCUACCCCUCUCUCUCCGUAAAGAAUCUGCUGCUGACAUUUUGGCAGGUGCUCGCGCGGAAAGAGAUUUCAUACGUCAAGAUGGGGAGCACCGCAAAGAAUCAGCUUGCGUCUGAGUUCGAAAUCCUUGCACAUCUAGAUCAUCCGAACAUUGUUAAGUACUAUCAUCGAGAGCACAUUAAGAGCGAGAGCAGCGUUCAUUUGUGAGUUAUCACCGCACUAGAUACUGCUUAGGCUUAUCGUAGUUGAGUAGCCUUUGCUGACGUUAGCUGUUAGAUACAUGGAAUAUUGCGGUAACGGUGACCUUAGUGGCUUGAUUAAAAAAGCCAAAGAGAGCGGCAGCUCGUUUCCCGAGAAUUUUGUCUGGACCGUGGUGGCCCAACUUGUCACUGCGCUAUACCGCUGCCACCACGGGAUCGACCCCCCUGAACUGGGUGACUUGUUUUCUUACAAAAACACCACUCCUCCCCGUACCGAGAGUGAAGAGAGGAAUUUGAUCAAGGUACUCCAUAGGGACUUGAAACCUGAAAACAGUAGGUAACACCCACUAGCCUACUGGAAACGUGUUAACAGUAUGAAGUCUUUGUUAUGGCGGAUAAUUCCAUCAAGAUCGGAGACUUCGGUCUCUCGAAAAAACUCGCACCAGGAAAUAUGUUUGCAGAAACCUAUGCGGGAACCCCAUAUUACAUGUCUCCCGAGAUCUCUAGCGGCCGUCCUUAUACGGUUAAAUCUGACAUUUGGUCUAUGGGAUGCAUUAUAUAUGAGUUGUGUACCCAAGAACUCACAUUCACUUCAAACACCCUGCCCGGACUCAUAAACUUGAUCGGGAAAGGCAAAUAUAAACCAAUCCCGACUAGGUACUCCAAGCGCCUUCGUGACUUGGUUGCUAGAUGUCUUUCUGUUGAUCCGGAUGGCCGACCGGAUUCGUCGGAGCUGUUGGAAGACGAAACAAUCAGGGUGUUCCGCCGUGAGUUACAAGUCUUGGAAGUAAGCAAAAUGCUCAAGCUACGUGAAGAUGAUUGCCUCCGUAAAGAGGCGUGCCUCGAAGUCAACGCGAAGACCCUGGAACAGAGGUUCAUCGAAGGAAGACAAAGACUUGAGCGGGAGAUCGACGGGAAGAUUAGAUCUGAUUGGGAAAUAAGGGCGGAAUUAGUGAUAAAGGAGAAGGUCGAGGAGGCGAAGUUUCUUAUGAGAGGGGAGCUAGAAGCCGAAUAUCGGGAGCAAUUCAGCCAAACUGUUGAGCUCGAAGUGCAGGCUCGGAUUGCAAGGAUGGACUUGGUUCCGAGAUCUUAUGCCAUAGCCGGGGGCGAGUCAUUCGCGGAAUCCACAUUCAACCAAAAGAUUGAAGCCGAAGUACAAAAUCGGAUCGCACAGAUGGACCUAGUUCCACGCACUGCUAGCUUAUCUAGCAGCAAUUCUCGCAGCGACUCUGGAUAUGCCGCAUCAACGAGUCCCAGUAGGGCCAACUUCCCUAAUCUGCCCCCUGAGUCACCGGCCGAUAUAAUGAUGGAGUCUCCUUCAUCCCAUGCAGUUGCUACCCCGGGUCAGAAACCCCCUACAGUACAGAUUAUACACGGCCCUCCUCCUCUGAUGCCAUUCGGUCACGUAUCCCAUACCUUCACGGAUUUCACCAAUAUGCAGCCACCUGGGCUUCAAACGGGUUGGCCCGAUCAACCGGCAAGACAGCUGGAGGCUGGAGAUAAUACGAGCCCCAACCUCUUUGGAAGGCAACCUCUUAAGCCCCCCACCAAUGGCCUAUUGAACCUAGCCGCCAAACGCAACAUAUCAACAAAUGCCAAUGGGUCGCCUACACGUGUUGUACCUAGAGCGAGAUAUGGUCUACAGAGGGCAGAGACGACCGGAGGUGUUGGUUCGGCCAGGCUAAUGGCUGGCUUUGGUGUUAAUGGCACUGGGUCGACCGAUGACAUCGCCACCGUCAAGCCCAGCGCGACAGGUGCUAUCAAGCCCAAGAGCCUGGUCGAGAUCAAUCAGGAAGCCCGUCUGAAGUAUGGCCCACCGGCCGACUGGGCGAAGGAAAACCCCAAGGAUCGUCCAUCGCCGUACAAAAAAUCAUGAAUCAACACCUCAACCUCUCAAUUCAUACAAGCCCGGUGCUCUAGUGUCUCAUUAAUGUGUCCAUGUCUUACAGUUCUCCUAUGUUUCUUUUGUCAGCACAGCCUUACACAUCAACCAACGUUAGUGGGGUAGACUACGGCCAUCACCGCUUUCGAUUAUAAAGUUUCCUCUUGUAGCGUUCUCGGUAGGGGCGGGGGAGCGGAGUAGUAGUUUCUUUCUUCGUUUGGGGAAUCGGAGUCCUUUUUUAUACUAAAUGUACAGAUGUUUUUUUUCCUCCCCCUUUUCGUUUGGGAUGUUUUUCGCCUUUUCGUAUCAUUGUAUACUUGAUUUUUCCGGUGUUCGGGGGUGUUUUCCUAAACGCCUCUCUCCCUUUCCUUGUCAUACCUAUACUGCACCAGUACUUGUGCGGUUCGUACGAUUUGAUCUCUUUGUACUAUGACCUGAACAUCGUCGUACAGUCUAGGAGUAACCGGGAUAUUUAUAGUUUUCGGGGGUGAAGCGGAUACAUAGGUUAUUGUAAUGUUGUCUAGCUUUUUUUUUUGCUUUUUGUUUAUAUUCAACAAUGCCAAUAUUGAAGGAUA